AUGAAAAGGCAAAAUCAGAGCUCUGUUGUUGAAUUUAUUCUCCUGGGCUUUUCUAACUAUCCUGAACUCCAAGAGUGGCUCUUUGGGGUUUUCUUGGUUAUUUACCUGAUGACUCUAAUGGGAAACGCCAUCAUUAUAGUUGUCAUUUCCCUGGAAAAGAGCCUCCAUAUUCCCUUGUACCUGUUUCUUCUGAAUUUGUCCAUGUUAGAAAUGUGUUUCAGUGCUGUCAUUAUGCCUAAAAUGUUAGUGGUCCUGUCGACUGAAAAAACUACAAUUACCUUUGUAGGCUGCUUUGCACAGAUGUAUUUUAUUCUUCUUUUUGGUGUGACUGAAUGUUUUCUCCUGGGGGCCAUGGCCUAUGACCGAUACGCUGCAAUCUGUCAUCCACUCAACUACCCAGUGAUAAUGAACAAAAGCUUUUUCAUAAAAUUAGUAAUUCUCUCUUUGGGCUCAGGGAUGAUGGUGGCUACUUUGCAGACCACAUGGGUAUUUAGUUUUCCCUUCUGUGGUCCCAAUGAAAUCAACCAUAUUUCUUGUGAAACUCCAGCAGUGCUAGAACUUGCCUGUGCAAAUAUAUUUUUGUUUGAAAUCUAUGCAUUAACAGGCACAGUUUUGGUUGUUAUAGUUCCUUUUUUGUUAAUCCUCUUGUCUUACAUUCGAAUUCUCUUUGCCAUCCUGAAGAUGCCAUCAACCAGUGGAAGGCAAAAGGCCUUUUCCACCUGUGCCUCCCAUUUGACUUCUGUGACCCUCUUCUAUGGCACAGCCACUAUGACUUACAUACAGCCUAACUCUGGGUACUCCCCCGAAACCAAGAAAGUUAUGUCACUGGCUUACUCACUUCUUACACCUCUGCUGAAUCCAUUGAUUUAUAGUUUGCGAAACAGUGAAAUGAAACGAGCCUUAAUAAAACUAUGGCGAAAUAAAGUCAACUCAUACACAUUGUGA